AGCUUUUGAGAUAACAAUUCCUUAACAAAACCAACGACACAUGCGAUACUUCGGUUACAAGAGUGAAGUUUUUUAGUCAAGAGGAGAAAAGGGGCCGCUUUUUUUCUGGGUUUUCUCUAUCUCCACUUUCGUUAUCUGUGAAUUGAUUCUCAGCAAGAAUGAUGGGUUUGAGCUCCAUGGGUUUUGGGGGAGGUGGGAAUUCAUCAACAUCCAAUCUAUCUGCUUCUGCACCUCCGUUUACUGUCGAUAGAUUGAACCCUAAGCCCAAUUCAAACCCUAUGUUGCAUUACUCCGACUAUGGGAUUGAGCCCUUUCCCCAUUCCUCUCAGUAUCUGAUUAGAGCUGAGGCUGCAAUCAAUUCUAGUGAGAUGAUUAGCGUGCCUGCGCCAGAUGAUUAUCGAUUUUCGGCCUCUGCCUCUGUUAAUGCACCUAGCUGGUCUACCUCUGCUUCUGUUAAUGCACCUAGCAGCCAGUGGUCUACUCAUAAUUCUGGUUAUGGCAGUGAUGUGAAACCUUAUUAUUCAUCGUAUGUCACGCCCUUGGUUGGAGAGGAUAGGGUUUUGGGUGAGGAUGGUGGGGGGUCUCGUUACGAUGUGGUGCCUACUCGUGGAAUGAGUGUGGCACCUCAGCAUGAAUAUAUGCGAAGCUUGUAUGACUUGGAGUACACGCAUCGUUGGGUGGAUGGUUUGGGCUUUGAUGAUGGAAAACGGGCCAAAAGAUCAGAGGUUGAUGGGAAAUUCUCGUCGGAGAAGCUAUUUGUCGGUGGUUCACAUGGCUAUGAAAAUCAACUGUACCAAGGUGGGUGUGGCAGUGAAAACCGUAACCAAUUCAAGGAAGAUUCUGGUGUUUUAUAUAAAAAUCCCCAUCAGGUUCUCGACCGUGAAGUCUAUACUGGGUCCUCGAGUACUGGAUACAUGGAAGAAAAAUCGUGCCUAGAGUUCUUUCACUACCCUGAACCUUAUCCUCCUCUAGAGUCAUGUGCAACAGAGAAGAUCUUUCCAAAUUAUAAAAACUCAUGCAGCCCAUAUGAAAAAUGUGGCAAGCCCAUCGAUACAUCCUAUCAGGCUUACGUUUCAGUAGGGAGAUCGUCGCCCACAGUGGUCAUUAGACCACCACCAGCUUCCAGUUUUGGUCAAGGUAAUGCUUCUCGUAAACCUGCUGGUAGUGAGAAUGCUGCUGGAAUCCACACUGUGGAUUCUGAUUAUUCCAAUCCCUCGAAGCCUACGGAUUCUGGUCUAAAACCCAUCUGCAAACCUAAAGACGGCUUCUUUGAGAGUAGUCCUUUCAAGUUCUUCAAGCAAGGGAACUCUCCCGAUUCAUCAUCUUCUGAUUUCAAGGUUAAAGCAACGCUAGGACCUCAAAUAUCCGAUGUUAAUGUAUCGAGUGGUUUUCCAAAGACUGGUGAUAACAUUCAAGUUGUUAAUUCCACUGAGGAGCCUUCGGAUUCCAUAGAUCAUCAUAGCACUGCGGUAGAUUCACCCUGUUGGAAAGGAGCACCAUCUUCUCCGUUUUCAGUAUUUGAUAUUGAAUCGGGAAACUGUGAUAAUGUCAAGGUAAAUUUGGUCGAACAAUAUGGAUUUGGUCACGGAGAGCAUCCAAGUCUCCCCUUAUUUGAUUCUAACCGAGUUUUUACUGAGAAAGUUGAGUGCAACAUGGGAAAUGAAAAUGAAUGUGGAAGAAAUGGCAUGAAGCUUGGUUUUGAGAAGACUCUUGAUGCAAGCUGCUCGACUUCAGAACCGAGUUUAUUGGAUAGUAUAACAGACAGAGUUUGGAUGCCACCUGCGACGAGGAGCAAGGGAGUUGAUUUGAGUGGUGGUUUUACAAAGGAUUCCAAUCAACUCAAUGACUUAACUAGUGUUUUUGAUUUGAAAGUGUCUGACACCAAGCAUUUAUUCGAUGAAGGAUGUGUUGGGAUGACGGUAAAUGACGUCUCUGAAGGUGCUGCCAUGGCAGUCCUUGCAGCAGAGAAGGUCCUCGCGUCUCCUGCUUCUCAGGAAGAUCCCAUUGAGCAUAGUGCAGCACCAGAUCCGAGACUGGAUGUGUCACCAAUUGUUAAGUCGAUGCAUAGCCUCUCAGAGUUGCUUCAGUUUCACAUUUCAAGUGACGCAUGCCCUUUAGGGGAAGAAAAUACUGAGAUGCUUAAACAUGCAAUAAGCAAUCUUAGUACUUGUUUGAGUAAAAACGGCAUACAGAUCCAACCAAAGAAUAAGCCAGAACCGAAAGAUAUUUAUGGAGAAACCUCCUCUCUAGGGAAGCCGUGUUGUGAGGGUGUUGUUUCAAGAGGUCUUCAUACGAAAUGUGAUGUUUUGAAUUCUUGCACCGAUCAUGGUAAGAAAGAUGAGAUAUCAUCAAUAGUUUCACCCUUGAGGGAUGAUUUUCACAUAACCGGAGACGAUGAUAUGGCGAAGGCUAUAAAGAAGGUCCUUGAGAAGAAUUUCGAGAUAGAUGAGGACAUGCACUCGCAAGCACUUCUGUUCAAGAAUCUGUGGCUCGAGGCGGAGGCUAAACUGUGUUCCAUCAGUUAUAAAGCUCGUUUUGAGAGAAUGAAGAUUCAGAUGGAAGGCAUCAAGCUUAAAGCUCCGAAAGAGGAUGAAGAUGUUGCAGAUGUGGCAUCUGAGCCUUGCAUUUCUCCGGAUUCUGUUAUCAUGUCGGUGCUGGCUCCAAAGGCUCAUGCUGACACAUCGCCUAAACCCACCUCACCGGGCUUAUCUGCUUCGGGCAUGAGUGACCCUGCUGGUUGUAACGAGUCUUCCGCCCUAGCCAGGUUCAGUAUCUUGAAAUCCAGAGAGGAGAACCAAAAUCCCAUAAAUAUGGAAGACUCCGUUCUAGCCAGGUUCAAUAUCUUGAAAUCUCGAGAUGAGAACCCGAAUCCCAUAAAUAUGGAAGACUCCGUUCAAGCCAGAUUCAAUAUCUUGAAAUCUCGAGAGGAGAACCCGAAUCCAGUAAAUACUGAUGAGCAGCAACAGCCUGAGAUAAUCGACGAUAAGCAUGCAGAUUCCAUCAUGGCCAGAUUCAACAUCUUGAAAUCGCGAGAGAGCUCAAAAUUAGCUGAUGUGGAAGAGGAAAAACCACCUCAGGCGAUCGGUGACGAGUUUGCAGGCGAGAAAUAUUUCCGGCCACUCGUCAGAGGUCAGUUGGAAGAUGCAGGCCCAGACGUGGUGGUGGCUAUGCAGCCCAAUUUCCAUUAUCAAGCUGGCAGCCUUGUUGGGGGUGGUAAGUUUGACUCGUAUUUUGAGCACUCUGGGUAUGAUUCUCCCAUUGAGUACAGUAGCGGCUCUGUCACUAACGAUGCAGCAAUCGAUCUGGUGAAGAGCGGGAGCAGGACAGUCGGUGAGAACAAGUCGGGGUGGCGCGAUAGUUCAUCCUCGUCGGAGUGGGAGCAUGUGCUUAAAGAGGAUUUUUCUUGGAAAAACUAGGGAAGUUGUUGGAUUUGAUUGUGUGCUAACUGCUAUAUACUAAACGGGACAUACCAGUACGACUUCUUCCCCCUCUUGAGAUUGUCACAUCACUUUGUAAAUUGGGAAAACAUAUUGUGAUGAUCGAAUUUCACUUUGAACAUAAUGUGUUACCUGGUCUCCGAAUAUUAGGAAUUUAGGAAACUAAAUUCUUGAUUUCAUGUAUAUUUGGUGAAAAUUUCCUUGUUAA